AUGGGUUUCAACACCCCUCUUACUUCCUCGAUGUAUUCGGGAUAGGAAUCGCCGGUAUGCCUGGCCUUGUGCGAAAGCUCCUUAUCUUCGCGGCCGUGGACGGGCUCGUGCUGCAACCUUUGGCGCAAAGAGGCCAACGCCCCGCGCCCGCUACGAAGAUCGCGUACGAAGACAACAAUAUCGAGUACGUAUGGAAAGAUGGAGGUGAAGGUUACAAGGCUGGGAAGAGUUUCGAAGCAUUUGGGAUUGUUGGUCUCUUGACGGUUUCGAAAUACUCCUUCUUGAUCUCCAUUACACGGCGAGAGCAGGUCGCGCAGAUACAAGGGAAACCAAUAUAUGUGGUCACGGAAGUCGCAUUGACACCUCUGAGUUCAAGGAAUGCAGCUGAAUCGUCGAUUCUGCAGACACAGGCAGGAUUACAGAAGGCAGGUGCUGGCGGAGAUGCCACGGACGAUAGUGAUACGGACGGUGACGAGGCGGAUAAUUCGGCAGCAUUGAGUGAUGAUAUAGAUGACGAGGAUAUACACCCAGCAACGUCAACUUCAGGGUCAAUAUCCGGCGAGGGCCUCAGAGAGCACAGGAGGACAAGUAGUGUUGCUGAAGAUGUCAUUUCAAGAAAAGGUGGCUAUGGACCAUUUGCCCAAAAAUGGUUCUCGAAGAAAGGUUGGACAGUUGGCCAAAGACGGAACUUGGGAAUGUCUUUGACUGAGCCAGAUAACACCACCAGCAGAUCUGAUCAGACAGGGGAAUCAAGAAGACAGCCUUCCCCAAUUAUUAAACCUCUUGAGAAGGACGAUGAAGAACAGAAGAACAUUAAUGAUGUGGCAGAACGUCUUCUGCCAAAAUUACUACGGACAACACAGAUUCUUUUCGGGACAUCCCAAAGCUUUUUCUUCUCCUACGAUUAUGAUAUCACCAGGAGCAUUGCAACUCGAAGGACAACAAACUCUGAACUGCCGUUGUACACGGAAGUUGAUCCCCUGUUCUUCUGGAAUCGUCAUCUCAUACAGCCUUUCAUAGAUGCUGGGCAGACAUCUCUAGUCUUGCCACUUAUGCAAGGAUUUGUUGGUCAGCGAUGGUUUGAAAUGGACACGAAUCCUCCCAAACCUGCCAUAGGCUUAACUGGGGACGAGAAUACAGCAAUGGAAAUGACGGAUUUAUCAGUAGGAGACAAAGAUCAAGAUCACGCAGAUGCUGGCGAGUCAGACUCGCCGAAUGGGCAGAAAUCCGGGGAUGGGCGCAGUACCAAACGGCCGUUUCUAUUGACUCUAAUAUCCCGGAGGUCAAUCAAACGUGCUGGUUUAAGAUAUCUCCGUCGAGGUGUAGACGAGGAGGGCCACACGGCCAACGGAGUCGAAACGGAACAGAUUCUGUCAGAACCUUCAUGGGCUCCCUCAAGCAAGAUACACUCUUUCGUUCAGCUACGGGGCAGUGUCCCAAUUUUCUUCUCUCAAUCGCCAUAUUCAUUUAAGCCAGUGCCUCAGAUACAGCAUUCAGCAGAAACCAAUUUCCGAGCCUUCAAGAAGCACUUUGAUAACAUAUCAGAUCGAUAUGGAUCCGUACAGGUUGUCUCGCUGGUUGAAAAACAUGGACCAGAGUCGAUAGUCGGCGAUGCGUACGAGAAAAAUAUGGAUCGUUUGAAUCUCGAAAGAGCUUCUAGUGGAGAUUCGAUUGGGUUCGAAUGGUUUGACUUUCAUUCGAUCUGUCGGGGCAUGAAGUUCGAGAACGUCAGCCUGCUUAUGGAUGCCAUAGGAAGCAAGCUUGAUAAGUUCGGUGACACGGUCGAGCUUGAGGGCCAGCAGCUCUCAAGGCAAAGCGGAGUCCUGAGAACCAACUGCAUGGAUUGUUUGGACCGCACAAAUGUGGUGCAAAGUGCGUGCGCAAGACGAGCAUUGGAAAUGCAGUUAAAGGCCGAAGGCAUAGAUUUCUGCCUGCAAGCAGAUCAAAGUACACAGUGGUUCAAUACGCUAUGGGCAGAUAAUGGUGAUGCUAUAUCGAAGCAAUAUGCUUCGACUGCAGCACUGAAAGGCGACUUCACUCGGACCAGAAAACGGGAUUAUAAAGGAGCCUUGACAGAUAUGGGACUCUCUAUUUCAAGGUUCUAUAGCGGUAUUGUGAACGACUACUUCAGUCAAGCCGCAAUCGACUUCCUCCUUGGAAAUGUCACUUCACUGGUCUGGGAAGAUUUCGAAGCCAACCUGAUGAGCGGUGAUCCUGCUGUAUCCAUGCAGAAAUUGCGGCAGCAAGCCAUCGACGUAAGCCAGAAACUUGUGGUAGCUGACGAGCACGAAGAAUUCAUAGGUGGCUGGACUCUUCUUGCUCCGCAUAUCCCGAAUACCAUCAAGUCAACGCCAUUUGAGGAGGCGGUAUUAUUAUUGACCGACACCGCACUGUAUGCAACGAGAUUCGACUGGAAUAUGGAGAAAGUGAUCUCCUUCGAGCGUGUAGAUUUGGGUCAUGUUGUCAGUCUCAAGUACGGGGCUUACAUUACUUCCACGCUAUCUGCCGCCCAGGCAGACGAAAAGAGGAAUGUUGGAUUUAUAAUAACCUACAAAGCCGGGACGGAUGACGUUACUCGGGUUAACACACGAUCCAUGUCGACUGUUCCGUUUCCAGAGGAGGGGGGGCCACAGCGCGACGCGUCCGCUUCACCGCCCGCUAAGGGACUAGUCGGCCUGAUAGGACGGCAGCAGUCCCCCCCUGCGGAUCGGAUAUUGGCGUGGAAGGCGCUCCCUUCGAGAUCUGCCGUGACCAACGGACAGGACGCGCCAAGUUUGAGCGAAAUUGAGACGGUCAAGACGAUCUGUUGCGAGAUCGAGCGGGUGGUGCUCCUCGGGCGGAGCGAGAAGAAGAGCAUUGUGGAAGCGGGCAGUAUCAUCAGCCAAGAAGAGGCACGGAAGAGCACGGGGCUCCUCGAGCACCUCGGGCACAGUCUGAAGAAGAUGGUCUGGGCCUGAGCGUACAGAGGUAGGUCGGGAGGUUCAGGCAGGUAGUGAGACUUGAAGGGGCGCCGGCGGUGCAGGUUUGCUAGCAAUAGUUAUUUAUUAUUAUUAGAUGCAUCAGUUCAUAUUGGGGUAUUCUGGUUCUUCAAGCCAUUAUUACUUCAUAUAGUAGUACCAUAG